AUGCAGGUGGCGAGCAAUGGAAAGUACAAGAGCGUGUGGCACAAAGCAGUGGUGAACAGCACAGCUACUAGGAUUUCAAUUGCCGUGGACUAUGGACACCCACUUGAAAAAAUUGUCGUCCCGGCGCUAGUGUUGGUGGACAGCGAGGGUCGACCGCCGGUGUUUAAGCCGAUGUUGUAUAAGGAGUACAUGGAACUCCAACAGCAAGGCAAGCACGGCUUGGAUGGCACUCGCGUAGGGUGA